AUGACAACAUCGAAGCUCAACUGUGAUGGAUUAUCUGACUGGAAGCAUUUGGGUGAUAAGUUGUCGGAUCACGAAAAAAGUGGCAACCAUCUAAAGCAUUUUGUUCAAUGGAACAAGACUAUAGAUGAAGAUGCACAGAAAGAGUUGAAUGAUCUUAAAAAAUACUGGAGAAAUGUUCUUGAACGGCUGUUUGCUAUUACCCACUAUUUGGCCUCAAGAAAUCUGUCUUUUCGAGGAACUCGUGAAAAACUUUUUCAGCCCAACAAUGGCAACUUUUUGGGGCUCGUAGAACUAUUGGCCCAAUUUGAUGUUGUCAUGGCAGAACACGUGCGACGAACGACUGAGGGGAAUCAAACGGAUCAUUACCUCGGAAAAAACAUGCAGAAUGAAUUCAUCCAAAUGCUGGCAGAUCAUGUCAAAAAAGAAAUUAUUCAGCAAGUCAAGGAUGCCCGAUACUAUGCAGUCAUUCUAGACUGCACACAAGAUGUUAGUCGUGUGGAGCAAAUGUCUCUUGUCGUUCGUUUUGUGGGAAGCAAAGGUGAAGCUGAAGAACAUUUUCUUGAUUUUAUGCCGGUUCAUGAAACAACAGGUGAAUCGCUGGCAGGAACGUUGCUGCAGAAGGUGGAAGACUUAAGACUUUCUCUGAGUAACUCCAGAGGACAAGGUUACGAUAACGGUUCAAAUAUGCGAGGAAAAAAUUGCGGCGUUCAAGCUCGCAUUCUGCAACAGAAUCCACGAGCCUUCUUUGUGCCAUGCGGCUGUCACUCAUGGAAUCUUGUCUUAGGCGAUGCCGCUGCUUCUUCCAACAAAACUGUUUUAUUCUUUGGUACUUUACAAAGAAUUUACACCCUUUUAUCGGCUUCACCAAGACGAUGGAAGCUUUUAACGGAUGCUGUUGGAUCAGUGGGUCUCACAGUCAAAGCUCUUUCGGAAACCCGCUGGGAAUGUCGGAUAGAAAGUGUGAAGGCUAUCCGGUGGCAGCUCCCCGACAUUGUUGACGUCCUGCAACAAGUCUCUACCACUCCCGGCGAUCCCAUGGCACAGAGCGAUGCAUCUUCCCUUUGCACCAUUCUGCAGUCUUUCGAGUUUAUUUGUCAACUGUCGUGUGGCACGACAUUCUAUUCAAAGUCAACAUCAUGA